CUUGCUUAGAUAGGUUAUGUUUUAGUUUAAAUUUUUCAAUAAUUUUUAUAGUUUCGAUAUUUUGUAUCAUCCAUUUUCUUAACAAAACAUUUUAAAAAAUGCAAAAUUCGCUGUUUAUAUUAUAAAGUGAACUAAAUUCUCGCUUUAGUCUUAGAUACUAUAACGUGUAAUGGAUAUCCAACUACAAAUUGAAUUAACUAUACUCGUCAUAGUUGUAGUUAUAGCGAGGGUCCUCUACUUGAUUCACAAGAUUACAACAGGUUAUAGCAAAUAUGCACCAAAACGCAGCAAACCCUGCAAGACAAUUAUUUGCAUUGGUUCAGGCGGACACACUACUGAAAUGUUGCAGCUGUUGAAAAAUAUUAACUUUAAUAAUUAUUCACCCAGGCACUAUGUUAUUGCUAAAACUGACACAACUAGUCUAAAUAAAGUACAAACGUUUGAGGCCAGCAGAAACUCCAAAGAGAACCGAGAUUAUUUCAUCAACAAAAUUCCAAGAAGCCGUUCAGUAGGGCAAUCCUAUAUUACUUCAAUUUUUACCACAAUAAUCUCAAUUUUAUAUUCAGUUCCUAUAGUUUUAAGGCUUCGACCUGAUAUUGUACUUUGUAACGGCCCAGGUACCUGCAUUCCAAUAUGUGUAUUGAGUUUUCUAUUGAAAUGUGUAUUUGUUUGCGAAAGUAAAAUCAUUUUUGUUGAAAGUUUUUGCAGGACUCAAACGUUUUCAUUAAGUGGCAAAAUAUUAGUUUAUAUUGCUGAUAAUUUUAUUGUCCAGUGGCCGUCAUUGAGAAGUAAACUUAAACGAGCUGAAUAUAUUGGACAGUUAAUGUAAAAUUGUGAUAUUUUAUUACAUGACAUUGUCAGUCUUUAUUUAUGUCUUGACCACUCUUUUGCAAUAUGUAUGUUUUUUUGCAUUGUAUAUAAGCUGUUUUGUAUAUAGGGAAAAUUUAUAGACGUUCCUUGAGGGUCGUUAGUUUAGAAUGUAGAAUAUAGUCUUGUUACUAUUUGACAAGUCAAUUCUAAACGUCCAAGGCUUCCUUAAGACCUCAAAAAGCAACUAGAAAUUUGUUCCCUAAUGUCUUGUAGAAUCAAUUCUAGGAGCUUGUUUCAGUCAUUAUGCUGUAUUAUCAGCAUUACAAUCAUUUUGGCUGUUUUGUGAUUAUAAUCAUAUGUAAUAAUCAACAAUUUGCUAAUUUACAUAUACAUUCGUCUUGGGAUGAUAAAAGAAAUCGCCAUCUUGUCAGAAAAUAACUAUAUCCUGGUUUUUAAGACAUUAAACAUUAUUCUAACUCACUUCAGUCUGAUAAUUGAGUCUUAAGUUUUUGGAGAAGUUGCUUGGUCUCCCUACUAAGAGUCCAACUCCAUUUUGCAUUGACUAGAAGAUAUUAGAUUUUCCCAAUCUUUACAAAACAGUCUAAAUGAUCCAAAGCAGUAAAAAUAUUUUAAAGCAUUCCCAAUUCUAGUAUUUUAAUUUCAUCAGAACUGAGACUCUGUAACAGAUAAAGAUAUUUUCUCUACCUACUAUUGACGUCCCCUCUCUCUAUUGAUUUCAAAAAAAGAGAAGAAGAUAGCAAAUGCCAUAGCGAUGGGGAUAGCGAUAUCUAUCCGUUACAGAGUCCCAUUGCAGGUCUGUUCCAACACGUCAUAAGCUGUCCCAUGAACGGUUUGGAAACCACUUUGUAUACGAAUUUCUGAUUCUAUGCACAAAUUUGAGGCUCUGUGCAGAAUCGUGACGGUACAUUGUAAGGUUUGCUGCUAUGUGGGGACAAAACUUAAUCUCUUUUUUGGAUUGUAGUUUCAUUUAACCGAAUUUGUAUAUGUACUGACUUAAAAAAUAUAUUGAGUGAUUCUUAUUUUAAAA